ACAGUAUUUUGUUUUGUUUGGAUACUUUUAUUAUUUUAUUUUUUUGUGUUCUUCAUAUCUUCUUCGAUGGAUAUAGAUUAAAAAAAGAGCAAUUAAAUAGCACAAAUUAUGGCAAAUCCCAAUAAUGAUAUGAACAAUAAAUUGGAAGAAGCAUUAUUCCUAAAUCGUAAAAUGCAGACACAGCUGCUGAACAUGCGAGAAAAGCUGGAGAAGCUUUUGUCAAAUGUUAAAGACCACUAUAAGAUUAAUGAUCUUAUACUCAAAGAGGGUAUUGUGCGGAGGCGACAGAAAGGAAUAGGUAUAAAAGGAGCCUAUUUAAAGGGAGGAACAUUCUAUUUGAAAGGCAAUAUGUUUUUCAAAGAUAUAAAUUGUCGUAAUUGUCCAAAUAAUCCAGAUUAUGAAAGAAGAAAGUUGGAGAAUGAAAUGUUUCCAAUGGAUCUAAACCUAAAGUCGAGACAUGUUUGGUCUACUACAGAUAAACAAGGAGUUAUUCUUGGCAUUAAGGAGCAAAUAAUCGAUUAUUUGACUAAGUCUCCGAAAAGGCGUGGAGAGGAAAAUAAAGAACUAGAUAGCGAGAAGUUGGCCAAACUUCUGAAUAUGGUUCCUAAGGAUUUCUGCAUUGACUGGGAUCAUUUAUCAAGUCAUACCUUGCAACAUCGCCAUUCAGCCAAAACAUGUGAAGCAAUUUGGAAUUUAUUUUUACAUCCAUCGUUAAAGCGUACUGCAUGGACGGAAAAAGAAAACCAAAAACUUUUGGAAGCGGCCAAAAAAUAUAAUUUUCAAAAUUGGCAGGCUAUAGCAAAUGAAGUGGGUCAUAGAUCAGAUUUUCAGUGUUUUGUUCAAUACAAAAACUACGUCUGGCAAAUGUCGCCUGAUUUUUCCACAAAAUGGUCUAAGGAAGAUGACAAACUUCUACUUGAGGUUAUAGCUAAAAAUAAUGUAAAUGGUAUUAUCAAUUGGAGCAUUGUUAAUGCAUACUUUCCACAUAAAGCUAAAAACACAUUGCAUUCUCGUUAUAACCACACACUUAAUCCCGAAAUACGAGUCGGUGUGCCAUUUACACCAGAGGAAGACCUCCUCUUAAUUGCGGCUGUUAAGGAAUAUGGGAAGAAAUUUAACUGCAUACCUCGUACUUUAUUUCCAAAUCGAUCGCUGAUACAAUUACGUACACAUUACAAUAAUGUUCUGUGUAAACGUCAUAACCACCAUCCAUGGUCUUUAGAGGAUGAUAUCAAAUUAAUGGAAUUUGUAACAGCAAAUGGUACUAAAUCCUGGAUGGAAUGUGAAAAAUCUUUUGAUGGAAAACAUUCUCGCAUAAGUUGUCGUACACGUUUUUUAACUAUAAGAAGGUAUUUGGAGAAGAAUCCAGAUGCCAGUAUUGAAGAUAUUCCCCGAAAAAAGGUGACAUCAAAACACGCAAUAAAUAUUGAAAAUUGGAAAGAAAAAGUUGAGGAGUUGGCAACUCCAGAAGGAUUAAAAUUAAACAAAGGUAAACAGAAAACUACAAGAAUCGAAAGACCCAUAAAACUGAAACCAGAGAAAAUUAAAAGAUCUAAAAAGGAAAGACCCAAACAAGAAACAAACCCAACCAAUGAGGAAAUACUAACGAAUGAAGACAUAACACUACAACCAGUUGAAGUAAUGAUACAACCAAUUUCUGAAGGCUUGGAAACAAAGGCAGAUAAUACACAUUCGUUUAAUAAUGAAUUGAAAAUAAAAACUAAAAAGUCCGAAAUAACAGAGAAAAAUAAACCCAUAGAAAAACCCACUUUAAAAACGAAUGGCAUAGAAAAUUAUAAUUUCUUUAAAUACGCCUAUAAUUUUAAAAUGAAUAAACAUCCCUGCGAUACUGUACAAUUAAAUAACGAGGAUAUGGCCAUAACAAUGUCUGCUCUGGAUCCCUUAAUACCCUUGCCAAUAGAAAAUUAUAGCUUUGAUUCCAAUAUACCUGAGCAUGUUAAGCUAAAUAUUGCAAAUCUAACACCACAUCCGUCGUUCCAUGAAAACCUUCAACGUUUGCCUCCUAGCUGGUCUACAACUAUGGGGUUUCGUGCCUUAUGCAUACACACAGCUGGCAUUUCAACUAGUUUACCAGCUGAGCAUGUUGUAGAUGAUACAAAUGAUUUCAUUACGAAAUUUCGCGAACGUUUGCGUACAGUUUUCUAUUCAACAGCUUUGCUAAGCCGUUUAAACCCUGGCAUGGUGGGUAUAAAUACAGCUGAAACUCAAACGAAAGCAGUUAAACGCAAACGUUCUUAUGCGAAAAAGGACAAUGAAAAAACUACAAAUAAAAAAAUUAAAUGUAUUGAAGCUAUUGAAAAUAUUAAAACCGAAUUAGAAACGUAAAUUAAAGUCAUUUGAAAAUGAAUUUAAAAUUUAUUUAAUCUUUUAUCAAAUAAGAGGUACUUUUAGUUUUUUUAACUGUACCUAAAAAAAUUAAUUAUUUAUUUCCCAGAAAAUAAAAGUCUCUUAGUUGGUUAAUGA